AUGGUCAAUUAUGAUACCAACGUCGACUAUAGCGACAGUCGAACGGCUGAGCUCAAUAGUGUGGCAUGGGUCCUCACAGGGGCAGCGACUGUGGCGGUCGGGUUGAAGUUGUACAGUCGCCUCGACAAGAAGUUGGCAGGAUGGGACGACUUCUUCAUCUUCUGGUCGAUGGCAAUCAGUAUCAUUGGCUCGGCAUUGACGACGUAUUCUGCAUCCUUAAGGCUGGGGCGACAUACCGCCGCCGUUGUUUCUGAAUAUGGUAUGGAUGCCCUGAGCAAGGCAUUGUUCUGGCAACAAAUCGGAUAUCCUUUCAAUAUUGGAUCAUAUAGUUUCCCAAACAUCUCCAUCGCAAUCCUUAUCGACCAUCUCCUUGAACCAAAUCCAACUCGCGCUCGUUGGCUAUACGGGAUGGUGAUUUUCCAGGUCAUAUUCGCCUUGAUCUCCGUUUUCCUCGUGUUUUUUCAAUGUAACCCGACUUCGCUUCUAUGGGAUUCGCGGGUCGCUGGUACAUGUUGGAAUCCAGCAAUCUUUUUGAACUUCAGCUAUGCCGUCGGAGGAUACACGGCCGUCACCGAUAUUGUUCUCGCCGUUGUUCCUAUUGCCUCAUUCUGGAACUUGCAGAUGAGACGCUCGACGAAGAUUUCCGUCAGCAUCAUGAUGGGAUUAACCUUGCUUUCUGCUGUCCUCACUGCCGUUAAGACUGCAUAUUUGAAGCUUUUCAUCGACCACAGCGAUCCAUUAUGGAAUGUCAUCCCAUUAAUCCUAUUAGGACUUACCGAGUCCAAUGUGGUCAUUAUCGCUGCCUGCGCCCCAACUUUGCGCCCGUUUUUCCGCAAAAUCAUCACGGGAGCCAAGAGCUCUUCGGCUCGGAACACGUCGCGGCUGCAAUCAGGAUCCGACUUAAAGCUGACGGUUCGCAGUGGAGGAUCUAAAAAAAGCACCAAGUAUCGUGUAAAGGACCCGGAAGCGGGGGCGAGUGGUGAAAACCUCAAUGCCGACAAUCACGGCAUCUGGCUAUCUACUGAGGUUAUCGUCGAAAGUGACGCUGAAGCGAACUCGAUCUUCUACAUAGAGCCCCAUCCGCGGUGA